AUGUUCAAAUCCAAAAAAACAAAAUCUAUAAAAAAUUUUACAAUCGAUUCGGCACAAAUACUUGCGUCACAACCACCAUCUAGUGCAUCAGGAUUAUCAUCAUCACCAUUAACAUUGGAUGAACACAAAACAUAUUUAUUAAAUUUUAUUCGGCAAUGGUGUAAUGAUAAUAAGGAACAUUUAAAUUUGGAUGAACUUGAUUGGAAGGAAGGGAUUGAUUUUGUGUUUGAUUUUUCAAAUCCAAAUGAUAAUCUACAAGGAACUGUUCAUUGCAAGUGUGGAACUAGAAUAAAUUUAGGAAAAAAUGAUCCUAAAUUUCAACUUUCUAAUUUUUACAAGCACUUGAAAGAUUCAAAAUGUUUAAAUAUACUUGAAUUAAAAAAGAAAAAUAAAGCACGGUUACAAUUACGGCAAAUAAGUUUAUCAAAUUCGUUAACAUUAGCAACUAAUGCUUCAGUUUCAUCAGAUGUUCCAGUAAAUUUAACUUCAACAUCACCCUCGGGUACAAAUGAGAAAUGA